GGCGCCGUCUAGAGGAGGCCCGGCCGUCCGCCACCACGCAGUCGGGCACGGUAAAACGCAGGCGGCUGAGACCGUGGGCCGCGGCGGCGAUGCAGCGACGGCGGCGCGCUCCGCCCGCGGCUCCGCCGGCCCAGGACGGCGGGCGCGGCGAGGAGCUGGAGGUGCAGUUCUCCGCCGGGCGUUUGGGCUCGGCCGCGCCUGCCGGGCCCCCCGUGCGCCCCACCUCCGAGGACGAGGAGCGGCUGGAGCGCGAGCACUUCUGGAAGGUCAUCAACGCGUUCCGCUACUACGGCACCAGUAUGCAUGAACGAGUGAAGCGAACAGAAAGACAGUUCCGAUCACUUCCAGAUAACCAGCAGAAACUGCUUCCUCAGUUUCCUCUCCACUUGGACAAGAUCCGGAAAUGUAUUGACCAUAAUCAGGAAAUACUGCUGACCAUUGUGAACGAUUGCAUACAUAUGUUUGAAAAUAAAGAAUAUGGAGAAGAUGGCAAUGGAAAGAUUAUGCCAGCAUCUACGUUUGACAUGGAUAAGUUAAAAUCUACAUUGAAACAGUUUGUAAGAGACUGGAGUGAAACUGGGAAAGCAGAAAGGGAUGCCUGCUAUAAGCCAAUCAUAAAAGAAAUCAUAAAGAACUUCCCAAAAGAGAGAUGGGAUCCUUCUAAAGUAAAUAUUCUGGUACCUGGUGCUGGACUAGGAAGAUUGGCCUGGGAAAUAGCUAUGCUAGGUUAUGCUUGUCAAGGAAAUGAAUGGAGUUUUUUUAUGCUCUUUUCUUCCAACUUUGUACUCAACAGAUGUUCUGAAAUUAACAAAUAUAAACUUUAUCCCUGGAUCCAUCAGUUUAGCAAUAAUCGGAGAUCAGCUGAUCAAAUUCGACCCAUUUUUUUCCCUGAUGUUGACCCCCACAGUCUUCCUCCAGGUUCUAACUUUUCAAUGACAGCAGGAGACUUUCAGGAGAUUUACUCAGAAUGCAAUACCUGGGACUGUAUUGCCACCUGUUUCUUCAUAGACACAGCUCACAAUGUAAUUGAUUAUAUUGAUACGAUAUGGAGAAUACUCAAACCAGGUGGAAUUUGGAUAAACCUCGGUCCUCUACUGUACCAUUUUGAAAAUCUGGCAAAUGAACUUUCUAUAGAAUUGAGCUAUGAGGAUAUCAAAAAUGUUGUUCUGCAGUAUGGAUUCCAGCUGGAGGUGGAAGAGGAAUCUGUAUUGUCAACAUAUACUGUGAAUGAUCUCUCUAUGAUGAAAUACUACUAUGAAUGUGUUUUGUUUGUGGUCCGGAAGCCAGAGUAAUGGUCCUAAGUGGUACUACCCAGAAAAAGGUUUAAUAUGAAUGAAUGCUGGAAUAAACAGCUCACAGUCAGCUAUCAGUGACAACAGGAUACAACCUCAAAUCAGUGGUGCCUUCUUAUUCCUAACAAAAUUUAGAAAUAGUGUCUAUUUUCUUAAUAAUAUCUAUUGCUUUUUUCAGAAAUAUACUAUACCAUGCAGAUUUAUACUGCACAGAAAAAAAAAUGGAGAAAAUAUCUCCUGUGCAGAUAUAUAAUGGAGGAAAUAUCUUCAAGUACUUUUCUUUGAAACCCAGAAUUGUUCUUCUUUAAAAAAAAAAUAAACCUAAACUCCAGUCUUGA